GUGUAGGACGAGGUUGCAUGAACGCGAACCAGAGAAAUUGAAGUUUGCUUGGGAAGAACAUGAAAGAGGAAAUCAGCAGGAGCAAAUCAUCAUAUCACUGACAUAAUUGAUAUAUAUAUCCAUGGCCAAAUCAACUCCUACAAAAGCACCACACAAAUCUGGUAAAGCACGAAAGAAGAAAAUGGCAUUGCCCCGAAGAAUACUGCGAAUUCUAGAAAGUGGCAAGAGAGUUCACUUCCAAAAUGUCAGCCUGAGUAAGAAAAGGCAGAUGUGCAUAAAUCACUAUGUACCAGUUUGUGAUAUAGCAGUCACAAAUGCUAUCGACAAUCGUCAAAAGAAAACUGUAAUGCCAUGCUCCAAACCAGCCCAUGGGAAAGGAAACAAAUCAGACACAAGUUUUGAUGAGAAACUACCUUCAACAGAGCAUGGAUGUAAUUUAAGACCUGGUAAUGUAUCAGUAUUGGAAACUACAUGUAGCAAGAGAAAUGACAAUCCUAGUAUUUCUUGGGCAAACAAUGAAAGGAGUGGUGUCUCAAAUGAAAAAGAUAAUCGUCGUAAGGAAGUUGUUGCUUUAGACUGUGAAAUGGUAGGAUUGGGACCAAAAGGACGAUUCAGUGCACUAGCCAGAUGCAGUAUUGUUGAUCACAGUGGCAAUAUUCUCUAUGAUACGUAUGUAAAACCAGCUGAGCCUAUCACAGACUACCGGACAAAGUGGAGUGGAAUCCGACCGUGUAAUAUGGUAAAUGCAAUAACUUUUAAAGAAGCUCAGGAGCAUGUUAAGAAUGUUCUCAAAGAUAAGAUUGUUGUUGGUCAUGCAGUCUGGAAUGAUUUCCAGGUACUCAGAUUUUCCCAUCCUGCAAACAAUGUAAGAGACACCAGUAGGUGCAAGUUGUUAGCAAAAAUAUGUGGCAGUAAGGGCACAUCAGGUCAUAGUUGUAGCCUCAAAUCACUCGCUAAAUAUCUCCUUGGUAUUGAUAUACAAAAAGGUGAACAUUCAUCUGUAGAAGAUGCAAGAGCAGCUAUGGAUUUGUACAAGCUGGUAGAGGAGAAGUGGGAAGAAGAAAUUCAAUCAAUUUUCCCUGAUCAAGAUUUUAGGACAUGUUUUCUUGAUGAUCAUUUCUGGCCCGAAGACCUCAGGCUCAUAUAAGGAAAGAUAUUAUGUAACUGUAUGAUAUAAAUGUUAUACUUCUAAUUUAGCCUCAUUAAUCUUUUUGAUGUGUUGUAUUCAAAUACAUUAAUAUUAACUGGACUUGAGGGCAACACCAAAUUUAAUUAAUAUAUUGUGUGCAACAGAAUCAUAUUGGUCUGAGUCUUUAGAUGAGGUCAAUGCAUCUGUUUGGGGGGAAAUAUUUGAUUUUUCUCGAAAGUGGAGCCAGUCAAUAUUUUUAUUACUUUAUGACAUGUUGUUUUUUUUG